AUGGAUCCCCCUCCCCCGCGCGCCUCCUCCUCCUCCCGCUCCACCGGCGGCAAUGGCGUGGAGAACCUUCUGGCGGCGCGUCGGUCGGUUAUGGCGAGCCUGGACAAGUCCCGCGCUGUCGCGGCGGCGCUCGGCCAGGCGGGGCCCCGGCUGGAGGAGAUCCAGCAGCGGCUCCCCUCCGUGGAGGCCGCCGUGCGCCCCAUCUGCGCCCCGGAGGAAGCGCUGGCGGCGGCGGGGGGGCACAUCGACCGGGCCGUCGGCCCCGCCGCUGCAGUCCUCAAGGUGUUCGACGCCGUGCACGGCCUGGAGCCGUCACUGCUCUCCGAUCCCAGCAAGGAGGACCUAGCGGGGUACCUCUCCGUGCUCAAGCGGCUCGAGGAGGCCCUGCGGUUCCUCUCCGAGAACUGCGGCCUCGCGAUCCAGUGGCUGGAGGACAUCGUCGAGUACCUCGAGGAGAACUCCGUCGCCGACCGUCGGUACCUCUUGGCCCUCAAGGCCUCCCUCCUCUCCCUCAGCGAGUCCAAGGAUCCCCUCGACGGCGGCCUCCUGGGCGCCGCCCUGGAGCGCCUCGAGGCCGAGUUCCGCCGCCUCCUCGCCGCCGCGGAGACCAUCGUGCCGCCGUCCUCCGCCGUGGAGAAGACCCACCCGAUACUGGAGAGGCUGUCCGCGAACGGGCGGCUCGAGAACUGCAUCAAGAUCUUCGUGGAGGUCCGCGCGUCCAACAUUCAGGCGAGCCUCAACGCGCUCGACCUCCAGUACCUUGAGAUCUCCCCCGCAGAGUUCAACGACGUGCAGAGCAUCGAGGGUCACAUCAGCCAGUGGGGGAAGCACCUCGAGUUCGCCGUGAAGCACCUCUUCGAGGCCGAGUACAGGCUGUGCUCCGACAUCUUCGAGCAGUGUGGACCUCCCGAGGUCUGGACCGGCUGCUUCGCCGAGAUCGCGAAGAGGGCGGGGAUCCUCGCCUUCCUUCAGUUCGGGCGGACGGUCGCCGACAGCAAGAAGGACCCCAUCAAACUGCUAAAGCUCCUGGACAUAUUCGCCAGCCUGAACAAGCUGCGCUUGGACUUCAAUCGCCUCUUCGGCUGCAAGCCCUGCGAGGAGAUUCAGAAGGCCACCAGGGAUCUAAUCAAGAAGGUCGUCGACGGCGCCUGUGAGAUCUUCUGGGAGCUCCUGGUCCAGGUGGAGCUGCAGAGGGAGAUGCCACCGCCCGCUGACGGCAACGUGCCGAGGCUUGUCAGCUUCAUGACGGACUACUGCAACAGGCUCCUCGGGGAGGAGUACAGGACGAUUCUGACGCAGGUCCUGACCAUUCACCGGAGCUGGAAGAAGCACAAGUUCCUGGAGCGGCAUCUCACGGAGGCGGUCCUGGACAUCAUCCGGGCCCUGGAGCAGAACCUCCAGGUCUGGUCCAAGGCCUACGAGGAUGCGACUCUCUCCCACGUCUUCUUGAUGAACACCCACUGGCAUCUCUACAAGCAUCUCAAGUGCACCAAGGUCGGGGAGCUUCUGGGCGAAGCCUGGCUGAGGGAGCACGACCAGUGCAAGGAAUUCUACGCCGCGAGCUAUCUCAAGGAGACCUGGGCGAAGCUCCCGGGGAUGCUCAGCCGGGAGGGCCUGAUCCUCUUCUCGGGGGGCAGGGCCACGGCCAGGGACCUCGUGAAGAAGCGCCUCAGAGCCUUCAACGGAGCCUUCGACGAGAUGCACCGGCGACAGUCCGGCUGGGUCAUCCCCGACAAGGACCUGCGCGAGAAGAUCUGCCAUCUCACCGUGCAGGCCAUCGUCCCCGUCUACCGGAGCUACAUGCAGAACUACGGCCCUCUCGUGGAGCAGGACGCCAGCGCCGGUAAGUACGCCAAGUACACGGCGCAGUCGCUGGAGGAUCUGCUCGGCUCCCUCUUCCAGCUGAGGCCCGUCAGAUCUACGAGCCUCAACCCGCGCCACACCAACGGAAACCUCUCCGGAGUGGUGGCCGCGACCCAGUACAAGUUCGCGCCCACAGUGGCAUGA